AUGUCUAUUCACAUUCAUCUUCUGGUUAAAGAGGCACACCUAACCGAGGAAGAUGAACUGGCUGAAAAGGUACUUGCUGCUGAAGAGGCCGAACUGACUAAAGAGGUGCCUCUGGCGGAAAAGAUCCUUCUGACUGAAGAGGCUAAACUGGCUGAAGUGGUCCCGCUGGUUGAGGAAGACGAACUGGCUCAAGAGUCACGCGCGUUACACGCAGGCGGGUUCACCUUCGCCAGCGCGGUGCUUCCCGCGCUCCUGGUGGCAUCGCUGAGCCUGGUGGCGUUGGUGAGCGUCGCGUGCCUGGUGCACCGUCGGCGCCGACGUCGUCGUCUCUGGGAUCUGGACGAGCAGGGCUCGUACGAGAGGCUAGACGCCACCAAGCAGGCACCCCUCGCCAGCGAGGGGGCCCCGUCGCUCGAAGACCUGGGCGGACCGAAGGGCACCUCGUGCAGGCGCGGCAUCCGCCGGUCCACAGAACCCGUCUUCUACGGCUGCCUCGCCCAGGAUCGCCCCAUCGAUUUCGUGGUGCCGACGCUGCUCGGUUCGUCUCAGGCGGGCUCCAUCGCGAGCCUGGUCUCAUCUUCAGACGCCAACUCAUCACCGAUGGACGCUGCGUCGGGGACUGCAAGCCAGCCCUGUCCGUCUCCUGGAGAUCCGCUGCCGGGCAUUCCGACGUCUCUGCUGGGCGGUCUGAACCCCGAGCUGUACCGGGUGUCGUCGGGCGACGGCGCCUUCGGGGGCCCCGACGACGGCGAAGAGCGCUCGUUCCCGGAGAGCCACCGGGGCCGCCUGUGGUUCGCGCUCCACUACGAGGACGCCAGGGAGAGCCUCGAGCUCCGAGUGCUGAAGGCGAGGAACCUGCCCUCGAGGGUGUGCGGAUCGGUCAACUGCUGCGACCCUUUCGUCAGGAUUCAAUUGCUGCCGGAUGAGCGACGCUACCAGCAAACCAAGUUCAAGAAGAAGACGUGCAACCCGGUCUUCGACGAGAGCUACAUCUUUCAGAUCCCCGGCAAGGCCCUGUCCGAGCGCGUGCUCAAGCUGACGGUGCUGGACAACGACCGAGGCAAGAGGCACAACGUCAUCGGUCACGUGCUCUUCCCGCUCAAGGACCUGGACCCCAUCUCCGGAGAGCGCGUCGUCGCCUGGAGGGACCUGGAAGCCAAGGCAGACGUGGCAACUCCCGAGCAGGGUGAGCUACUGCUCGCUUUGUGCUACAAGGCCAGCCACGAAAGGCUCACUGUGACCGUGCUCGAGGCGAGGGGGCUGACCGCGCCUCCCGAAAUGGGACCCCCCGAAACACCACUGGACACGCAGGUCAAGGUGAGCUUCCUGAUGGAGAACAAGCCAGUCAAGAGCAAAAAGACGUCGGUGUGCAAGCGCAACUGCGAGCCCAAGUUCAUGGAGUCCUUCGGCUUUAAGGUUUCUCCAGCGGGGCUCAGCGCGGCCAGCGUCAUCCUCAAGUUGUCCUGCUUGGCGCCGCCACACAAAGACCGCUGCCUUGGCCGCGUGGUGCUGGGCUCCUUCAUGUUCGCGCGGGGCCAGGCGCAGCAGCACUGGACCGACGCCAUGGCCGCGGCGCCCAAGCAGAUCCACCGCUGGCACAAGCUCUCCUGAACCCA